AUGGGCUCUUGCUGUAGUUGUUUAAAUUCUGAUGAUCGUUCUGACGAAAAUCAACCUCUAUUGGCCGAAAACGAAAGAGAAGCUAUAACAGAAUUGCUAAGAUACUUAGAAAAUAGAACUGAAAUCGAUUUUUUUGGUCCUGGCCCUUUAAGAGCUUUGAGCACUCUAGUUUAUUCUGAUAACUUAGACCUACAAAGAUCUGCUGCUUUGGCCUUUGCUGAAAUAACUGAAAAAGAUGUCAAGGCUGUUGGCAAAGAAGUCUUUGACCCAAUAUUACUUUUACUACAAAGCUCCGAUCCUGAAGUCCAAAGAGCUGCCUGUGCUGCUCUCGGCAACUUGGCCGUCAACAAUGAUAAUAAAGUCCUAAUCGUUCAAAUGGGAGGUUUAGAUCCUUUAAUUAGACAAAUGGAAUCUCAAAACACUGAGGUCCAAUGCAACGCUGUUGGUUGUAUCACUAACUUGGCCACCCAAGAUGACAAUAAAGCUAAAAUCGCCAAAUCUGGCGCUUUAGUCCCUCUCACAAGAUUGGCCAAAAACAAAGAUUUAAGAGUUCAAAGAAAUGCUACUGGUGCUUUAUUGAACAUGACCCACUCUUUGGAGAAUAGAAAAGAAUUGGUUAACGCCGGUGCUGUACCUGUCUUAGUUUCUUUACUAUCCUCAACUGACCAAGAUGUUCAAUACUACUGCACAACCGCAUUAUCAAAUAUUGCCGUCGAUGAGAUUAAUAGAAAAAAAUUAUUCCAAACAGAAUCAAGAUUGGUCUCCCAACUAGUUGAAUUAAUGGACUCUCCUUCUUCAAGGGUUCAAUGUCAAGCUACUUUGGCUUUAAGAAACUUAGCAUCCGACCCUUCCUAUCAAUUGGAGAUAGUCAGAGCUGGUGGCUUACCUCAUCUAGUUACUCUACUAAAAUCAACCCAACAACCUUUAAUAUUAGCUGCUGUUGCUUGUAUUCGAAAUAUCUCAAUACAUCCCAUGAAUGAAGCCCUAAUUAUUGACGCCGGUUUCUUAAAGCCCUUAGUUGAUCUAUUGGACUAUAAAGGUUCCGAAGAAAUUCAGUGUCAUUCGGUCUCAACUCUAAGAAACCUAGCUGCUUCAAGUGAAAAAAAUAGAAGUGCUUUAUUGGAAGCAGGUGCAGUUCAAAAAUGUAAGAAUUUGGUCCUACAAACUCAAGGUUCUGUUUUAAGCGAAAUAUCUGCUUGUUUUGCUAUAUUAGCAUUGGCUGAUGAUUUAAAACAAAAAUUAUUAGACUUAAACUUGGUUGAUGUCUUAAUUCCUCUAACUUUUUCCAACUAUGAUGAGGUUCGUGGAAAUUCCGCUGCAGCUUUAGCUAAUUUAUGCUCAAGAAUUCCUGAUUAUAGUUAUAUCAUAAAGGAUUGGCAUCAGCCAAACGACGGUAUUUCAGGGUUUUUAAUAAGAUUUUUAAUAUCCGAAAAUAAUACUUUUGAACACAUUGCCUUAUGGACUUUAUUACAAUUAUUAGAGAGUGGUGACCCAGAAAUUCAUAGAUUAAUUAAAACCAAUGGCAAGAUAAUGGAUGGUGUUAAAGCUUUGAAUUUUAGUACAAGUGAAUUGCUAUCAAAUGAAAAAACCAAAGAAAUGAGUGGUAUGGCUCACAUACAACCUGAUGAUUCUAGAUACGAUGUUUAUCAUUUAACAGAGCAAAUUUUACAAUCAAUAUCCUAG